AGCAAUUUGUAGCUACUUUAAUUGACGCCCUCUAUCGGCCUCUUUUGCCCUUGAUUGACAAAAAGCCUCAAAACAGGCAAGAUGGGGCGACGACCAGCAAGAUGCUAUCGUUACUGUAAGAACAAGCCUUAUCCCAAGUCAAGGUUUUGCCGUGGUGUCCCAGACCCCAAGCUGCGUAUCUACGACCUGGGCCGCAAGAAGGCCCGUGUGGAUGAGUUCCCUCUCUGCGUGCACCUGGUCUCGGACGAGUUUGAGCAGCUGUCCUCGGAGGCGCUAGAGGCAGGCCGCAUCUGCGCCAACAAGUACAUGGUCAAACACUGCGGCAAGGACUCCUUCCACAUCCGGAUACGUCUCCACCCCUUCCAUGUCGUGCGCAUCAACAAGAUGUUGUCGUGUGCCGGAGCUGAUAGGCUCCAAACCGGAAUGAGGGGAGCCUUUGGCAAGCCUCAGGGCACCGUGGCUCGCGUCCACAUCGGCCAGACCAUCAUGUCCAUCAGGACCAAGGACAGCAACAAGGCCUUCGCCAUUGAGGCCUUCCGCCGCGCCAAGUUCAAGUUCCCAGGCAGACAAAAGAUCUUCACCUCUGAGAACUGGGGUUUCACCAAGUUCACCCGGGAGAGGUACGAGGAGCUGCGCAGCGAGGGCCGCCUGAUCCCAGACGGUGUGAGCGUGCAGUACCUGCCCAACCAUGGUCCCCUGUCACGCUGGAAGCAGUACCAGGCCUAGAGGAGUGCGACUAGGCCACUGAGGUGUGGCAACGCCCGCCUCUCCCGAGGCGUUGAGGGGCAUUGUCCGGCAAGAUUUACCCAAUGAUAUCGAAAUCAAUCACUGAAGUUUUUUUCUUUGGUUGUGUUUUUUUUUUUCAAAGUGUUGAUGUACCAGACUUGUCUUGACGUGAGGUACGUCAGUACAUUAUGUAGCACAUUAUUAUUCGGCCUGAUUUUGUUUUGGGUGGAUCGUGUAUUCUGCCUGAACUGAUCAAGGCUGUAUUGAAAUGUGUAAAGAAAAAGAAUCUCAAACGCAUAACAACAGGAAUAAAAGACCUGAAUGGGAUCCCUGAAUGAAA